AUGGCUGCCGAUCAGGACGUCGUUUCGGCCAAAGCUGGUGGAGCCGGAUAUCAAAACAACAACGACUCUAGCUCAUCACAGUCAGCAGACAUUGAUACUUCAAUCGAUUUGGGUAACGAACUCAUCGAUACUUCGAAAGUCGACGAUGUGCUCACCAGAAAGAUGGCACUGGUUAACGCCGCACUUGAUGAGAUUGGCAUGACCCCCUUUCAAUGGAAGUUAUUCUUUUUGAACGGGUUUGGCUACGCGGUAGAUUCACUCCUGGUCGUGUGCCAAUCUAUCGCCCAGCCGGCCGCUACGCAAGAGUUUGGAAACCCUAGCAGAUACAUUGCUGGCAUUUCUCUUGCCUCACAAAUUGGACUUCUUGUCGGGGCUGCUGUCUGGGGGUUCUCAGCAGAUGUCAUUGGACGGAAACUCGCGUUCAAUACGAGCUUGUUUCUAUGCGCUGCAUUCGUCCUGAUUGCUGGAGGAAUGCCUAACUACAUAUCCUUCGCUGCCAUGGUUGCCAUAUAUUCGGCUGGAGCGGGAGGAAACUACAUUCUGGACGCCACUAAUUUCCUCGAAUUCCUCCCCGUGUCGCAUGCCUGGCUUGUCACUUUUUUAUCUGUGUGGUGGGCUGUUGGGUACACGAUCACUGGACUCUUAGCAUGGGCUUUUAUGAGUAACUUCAGCUGCGCAAGUGAUGCCGUGGUGUGUUCUCGAACGGAUAACAUGGGAUGGCGGUAUCUCCAUUUUACCUGUGGCGCCCUGGUACUUGUUCUUAGCAUACUCCGCUUGCUUGCCAUCCGAAUGGUCCAAACACCAAAAUGGCUCACCAGUCAAAAUCGGGACGAGGAGCUAUAUGCAGUGCUCUUAGAUUUGUCAGAGAAAUACAAACGUCCUUUCUCGCUGACAUUGGAAAAGCUACAGUCGCAGGGGCGCGUUCUCCAUACUGACAAGUCUGUGUGGUCCGGUCUUCGCUUGAGGAGUCAUUUCUCUGGCCUAUUUAGCACACCUAAACUAGCUUACUCUACAGUUAUGAUAAUCAUCAACUGGUUGCUCAUCGGAACAGUCUCGCCUUUAUACGGUGUGUUCUUGCCGUAUUAUCUCGCGUCACGUGGUGCCGACACCGGAGAUGGCUCAAACUACACGAUAUGGCGCAACUAUGCGAUCAACCAAGUGGCAGGUUUGAUAGGACCGAUUAUUGCCGGCGUGCUUGUUGAAUGGCGGUGGUUUGGACGACGUGGCACCCUUGCUGUCGGUGCGGCAAUUACUACUGCUCUGCAGCUUGGAUACACGCAAAUUAAAACACCGGCACAAAACGUUGGGGUGUCUGCCGCAAUUUCAGCAGCAUCUAAUAUUUACUAUGGCACUAUAUAUGCAUAUACACCGGAGAUCCUGCCAAGUGCUCACCGUGCUACGGGGUAUGGUCUCUGCGUGGUUCUGAAUCGCGUUGGUGGUAUCGUUGGUGUAUUGGUUGGAAGCUAUGCUAACGUGGAGACGGUUGUGCCAUUGUGGAUUUGUGCAGGGUUGUAUGGGGCUUUGAUUUUUACGAGCUUGCUGCUGCCAUUUGAGAGCAGGGGGAAAAGAACUGUUUAG